AAAGACUUCACCAGGCUGUGCAAUUUCCGCUCCCAUUUCCGCAUCCAUCAAGUCACCCGCCCCUUCAACUGCCACGUCUGCGACCAGCAGUUCCUGCGCAAGCAUGACCUGAAUCGCCACGAACGCAUUCAUGCUGGGGUAAAACCGUUCCGAUGUGGUCGCUGCGGUAAAGGGUUCGUGAGAAAAGAUGCUCUGAGAAGGCACGAGAACAUGGUGCCCGACAUUCAAAAGUUCCGAUGCGUUGUGGAGAACCGGUAA